GAACAAACUCCCUCAUCAGUGGAGGAUGGGAUACCUCCUCCUGGGGCUUGGGAUCCAGCGCGGAGCCGCAGAACCAGCCGGUGUCGCCCACAGCCAUCACCAAGCCUGUGAGGAGGACGGUGGUCGAUGAGUCUGAAAACUUCUUCAGUGCCUUUCUCUCCCCGACAGACGUGCAGAGCAUACAGAAAAACCCAGUGGUGUCCAAACCUCCAGCCAAAUCCCAGCGGCCCAAAGAGGAGGUGAAAAGCACUUUAAAGGAGCCUCAGCACCCCAGUCAGCUGGAAGUACCGGUGACGACAGAAGCAGAAGUGAAGGAUUCUUCUGUAGCUGGCCUAGUGGACUUGAAAAACCUUGAUGUUCCUCAGGAGAAGGUAGAAGAGAAUUCUGCACUUAAACCUGAUGCCAAGCAUGAAGAAAGCACAAAUGAAGUUACUGACAAAAAAGCGUCUGCUCAAAACUCACAAGUACCUGAGGAUGCUCUUAAUGAAAAAUCCGGGGGAGGAGGGGAGGGGGUGGGAGGUGCUCCAGGCAGGGGCAGCUCCUCACAGCCUCCUCAUGCAGCUGCUAAAGAUGUGGGUUUGGAGGCUAAGGAGAGAAAGACUGAGGACAGGCAAAGCAACACACCCUCACCUCCAGUUAGCACUUUCUCCUCCGGGACAUCCACAACCAGCGAUAUUGAGGUUCUGGACCAUGAGAGUGUGAUAAGUGAGAGCUCAGUGAGUUCUAGACAAGAAGCUGCAGAUUCAAAGUCGAGUCUUCAUCUGAUGCAAACAUCAUUUCAGCUCUUGUCAACGUCUGCCUGUGCAGAUUAUAAUCGCUUAGAUGACUUCCAAAAAAUGACUGAGAGCUGCUGCUCCUCUGAUGCUUUUGAAAGAAUCGAUUCUUUUAGUGUACAGUCAUUAGACAGUAGAAGUGUCAGUGAAAUAAAUUCAGAUGAUGAGUUAUCAGGCAGGGCUUCUGCUUCAGCAUCGGUCGCUGUCAGUCCUUCUGCACCAAAGACAGAGAUGGUGGGUGCCCUGAAGGAUAAACCUGAACCCCUGAAGGAUGCCCCAGCUUUACCUGCUGAGGAAGCUGAGAUGGAGGAGAGCGGGCGAAGCGCGACCCCCGUUAACUCCGAGCAGCCAGAUGUUCUGGUUGCUGCUGUGCCAGCUGCUGAAGAGCAGAUUGUUAGAGAGGAGACUGAGCCACAGCAGCAGGGUGCUGUUGAAAAAUUGCCAGAAGAGGACACUGAAAAGCAAGAGCUUGAAAAGAUGAUUGAUUCAUUAACUGAGAAACUGGAGAAGAGGGAAAUACAGUUAUUAAGUACUAGUAAAGAAAAGGCCCGCCUGGAAGAAGCUUAUGAUAACCUAAAAGAUGAAAUGUUUAGAAUGAAAGAAGAGAGCAGUAGUCUUUCAUCUCUUAAAGAGGAAUUUGCUCAGCGAAUUGCAGAUGCUGAGAAGAAGCUCCAGCUAGCCUGUAAAGAAAGAGAUGCAGCUAAAAAGGAAGUAAAGACUAUUAAAGAAGAAUUGGCUACUAGACUUAAUACCAAUGAAACUGCUGAAUUACUGAAAGAGAAAGAAGAACAAAUCAAGGGAUUAAUGGAGGAAGGAGAAAAGCUUUCCAAACAGCAGCUGCACAAUUCCAACAUUAUUAAGAAAUUAAGAGCCAAAGAGAAAGAGAGAGAAAAUAUUAACACAAAACAGAACAAAAAGAUUAAGGAAUUGGAAGAGGAGCUGCAGCAUUUAAAACAGGUGCUGGAUGGCAAGGAGGACCUUGAGAAGCAGCAUCGAGAGAGCAUUAAACAACUGAACAGUGUUGUGGAGCGACAAGAAAAGGAUCUUGCCAAACUUCAGGCAGAAGUGGAAGACCUUGAAGAACGGAACCGCAGCGUCCAGGCAGCGCUCGACAGUGCCUACAAGGAACUUGCAGAUCUUCAUAAAGCCAAUGCAACAAAGGACAGUGAGGCACAAGAAGCAGCCCUAAGUCGGGAAAUGAAGGCAAAGGAGGAGCUUGGGUUAGCUCUGGAGAAGGCCCAGGAUGAGGCACGGCAGCAGCAGGAAGCUUUGGCAAUUCAGGUGGCGGACCUGCGGCUGGCGCUGCAGCGUGCGGAGCAGCAGGCAGCAAGGAAGGAGGACUAUCUACGCCAGGAAAUCAGUGAACUGCAGCAGAGACUCCAAGAAGCAGAGAGUCGGAACCAAGAACUAAGUCAAAGUGUCACAUCUGCUACACGGCCACUUCUCAGGCAGAUAGAAAAUCUGCAAGCCACGCUGGGAGCACAGACCUCUGCGUGGGAGAAACUGGAAAAGAACCUUUCUGACAGACUUGGUGAGUCUCAAACUCUUCUAGCAGCAGCUGCUGAGAGAGAACGGGCUGCUACAGAAGAACUUCUUUCUAAUAAAAUUCAGAUGUCUUCUACUGAAUCUCAGAAUAGUCUUCUAAGGCAAGAAAAUACACGUCUUCAGGCUCAGCUAGAAGUGGAGAGAAACAGAUUGAAGAAGAUGGAAAAUGAAAACAGUAGGUAUGAGGUGGAACUAGAAGGACUGAAAGAUGAAUAUGCAAAGACCUUGGAGGAUGCAAAGAAGGAGAAGACGCUGCUAGCUACUCAGUUAGAAAUGGAGAAGAUGAAAGUUGAGCAGGAAAGAAAGAAGGCAAUUUUUGUGCAAGAAGCAGCAAAGGAGAAGGACCGGAAGUCAUUUACAGUUGAAACGGUUUCAAGCACUCCAAGUAUGUCACGCUCCAGUUCCAUAAGUGGAGUUGACAUGGCAGGUCUUCAGACAUCUUUCCUCUCACAGGAUGAUUCUCAUGAUCACUCAUUUGGGCCAGUAGCUACUGGUGGGAGCAAUCUUUAUGAUGCUAUAAGGAUGGGAGCAGGUUCAAGUAUAAUUGAAAACCUUCAAUCUCAACUGAAACUAAGAGAAGGAGAGAUUUCACAUCUACAGCUGGAAAUUGGAAACCUUGAGAAAACUCGAUCAAUAAUGGCAGAAGAACUGGUUAAAUUAACAAAUCAAAAUGAUGAACUGGAAGAAAAAGUGAAGGAAAUACCAAAAUUACGUGCACAGUUAAAGGAUUUGGAUCAAAGAUACAACACAAUUCUGCAGAUGUAUGGAGAGAAGGCAGAGGAAGCUGAAGAACUGCGACUCGACCUCGAGGAUGUGAAAAACAUGUACAAGACUCAGAUAGAUGAACUUUUAAAACAAAGG